GGGGAUAACUUUUUUGUGGGAUAACCGGAAGCAGCAGGUUGUAGAAAAACAUCGCGGGGUGGGGGGAGCUGCUCACUUUGAGUCCACAGUGGUUCCUCUGCUGAUGGACGUCGCGUUGGACCGUUUUCUGGAGUAGCGGGUGGGUUUCUGGAGCAUGGCCGCGUCGCAGGGGCUCGUUUUAGCGUUUUUACUGGAGCGCGGAGGCAAAGUGAGGAACUCCGAGCUGCUGGGCGCCUUCAGAGACUUCAUCAGCUCCAGCGAGCCCGCGGAGAGGCGGAGGAACCGAGACCUGUUCAAGAACUUCGUCAACAGCGUGGCCGUCGUUAAGCAGGUCGACGAUGUGAAGUACGUCGUGGUGAAGAAGAAGUACCAGGAGCUGCUCCAGGGGCGGAAAACGGUGGAGGAGAAACCAGAAACCCCCGGUUCAGUCCUGGGAACUCCUUCAUCAACGUCCUGCACCACGACCACCACCACCACCCGACACAGCAGCUCCAACGAGCGCCUGAAUGCCAGCUGCUGCACUGGUCAUGCUGGGAGUUUAUCUAUGAAGCCACAAGUUCAAAUGAGACGUUCUCUUGAUGGUGAUCCUGGAAUGAUCUCGCCUGCGACAAAGACCAGAACCAGCCUAGAUGAUUCUUUAACUGCUACAGUACUUAAUGUGUCUCAUGGCACAAUAGGUAAAACGGGGGCUGUGUUUGCUGUUGUGGCCAUAAAAUCUCCACCAUCACCUCAUUUAAAGCCCGAAAAAGUCCACAGUGAGAGGGUAAACGUCUUUCCCAAAGCACCACAUGACCUUGCGGCUCAGCGACAGCUUCCGUUUGGGGUUCUGCCUCAGCCAUUUGCUGGAAAAAGUGAAGCAGUUGGAUGUAGCUCAUCAUAUCUGAGUUCAGCUGAAGGACGUCUCUAUAGGUCACUAAGAAGCAAAAGGAGACAUUCGGUGGGACCCAGCUCUCCAGCACCGUCAAGGAGCAGCAGAUUGACCCAACCGGGUUCUGGAGCCAAGGACUUGGCUCUGAUCCCUCUGGAGCGACAGGAACAUGACUGGCUGGUAAAAUCAGCAACAGGUCGCUGGGGUCAAGUCUACAGCCUUCUUCUGCAGGAUGCUGAGCUGGCGGAGAAGAAGAACUUCAUCUCAGGCUUCACCGUCCUCCACUGGGCUGCAAAGAAGGGAAACAGCAAAGUGUUGCGCCAGAUCCUGGAUGUUUCACGGCAAGGUGGCUUGGAGGUUGACGUGAAUGCCAAAAGCCAUGAUGGCUACACCCCUCUGCACAUUGCUGCCAUUCACAGCCAGGAAUCAGUCCUAAACCUUCUGGUGUGCAUCUACAGAGCCAACUGCAACAUCCGUGACAACAGCGGCAAAAAGCCCUACCACUACUUGCACAGAGACGUGUCACCCGAGAUGAGAGAGAUGCUCGGAGACCCUCGUGUUUCACAUCAGGUUGCAGAACACGGGCACUCGGAUGAUGAUAAGCACUUUUCUGAUGUGCCUAAAGGGCUCAGCACGUUCAGUAAGCUGUUUCAACCCAGUGUGGGGCACAGGAAGAAACCGAGACUUUGGCCAAGCUUCCACUUCAUCAGUGACGACCCAGAUGAGAACAGGAAGGACUGCGCUACAUUCAACCGCAGACCGUUACACUAAAACUAAUGAACUGACCAAAUUAGAUGCACUUAAAAAUACUUCAUUUUUUUCUUUAAUUAUUUGUGUAAUUUAGUGUUAUUUAUAGUGUAAUUUAAUUGAAGAUAGUGUGCUCAGAGUAACUAAAGUGUGUGUGUGUGGUGGGGGGGGGUCUAGAAUAAGUUGAUAAGCCUAAUCUGUCACUUUAAUCUGAAUUAUCUCUAAUGUUUAGUCUAUAAGCACUGGAAAGAUGUUUGUGUUUUAAUGUAAUAUGGAAAAUAUUAGCUGCAGAUACUGUAUAACCAUUUUGACUGUGUAAUGCAUUGCUGAUAUAGCAGGAUUACAUUUAGACAGCAAUAAGAUGGUUCUUCUGUGGUUCAGUUCAGAACCAUGUGUUGUAUAUAGAACCAUAUCAAGCUUAAAGGGUUCUUUGCAUGGUGAAAUGGUUCUUCAGAUUGAUGGAGAGUGUGUUGUGUAUGGUUCUAUAUGCCACUGCUCUGGGAACAUAACCUCGUAUCCCAUUUUUGUCAUUUUACAGUUUUUGACACUGUGUGUAAAUUUCAUAAUGAAUGGACCAAAAGAAAUGGCCCAACAUGACGUGGGGGAGGUGUUGGGGGGUGUCUGGUUCUAUUGACUUACAUUAAAAAUAAGGAAUGAUUUUUCCUUCUUUUGUAAAGUCACCAUUUUGGAGAUACGAGGUUUUGUUCUCACAACAGCGAUACAGUCUAUGGUAACAAUAGCAGAACCCUUUUUGGUGCUAUAUAGAACCAUUUUCAAAAGGGUUUAAAUAGAACCAUAUAGAACACAUUCUCCAUCAAUCUGAAGAACACUUUAAGAAUGCAAAGAACCAUUUAAGCUUGAGCUGGUUCCAAAUAGAACUGUUGGCUUUAUACAAGAACUCUAAAAUAAAGAUGUUUUGGGAAAAA